AUGGCGGCACUCAAGAUUACUUCGGCCGUGACGGCCAUCACAUCCCUCGCAGCUUUGGCGACUCCUGCCUUCGCACAAGACUUAUCGGCCGAGUAUCCAACGCUGACGGCCGACAUCCUCGAGGGUCUGGGCAACAGCUCCCUAUUCACACGCUGGCGCCCUCGUUCGCAUUACAUGUCACCUCACUCAUGGAUGAAUGAUCCGUGCGGUCCUCUCUACGACCCGACCACAGAGACUUACCACCUACACUACCAGUAUCACCCUAACCACGUCAACUGGGGCAACAUCUCCUGGGGACACGCCGUCUCCAAGGACCUUUUCCACUGGACCGAUGUCCGCGACUGGGCCAAUGACUCGGCCGUGAGCCUGGCCUCGGGCAAGUACCCCUCUGGCCCUCUGUCACAGUUCACCGGCACCUCUCAGCCGGUCAACUUGCAGGGUGAGCAGGAUGGAACUAUUCUCACCUUUGCUACUGGCAUCCAGUUCCUCCCGACCAACUGGAAGAUUCCCUACACCAACGGCACGGAGGUCCAGGCCCUUUACACGUCCUCCGACGGCGGCCUCACCUGGGAGGAGGUUGGCACUGUGCUUGAUGGCCCGCCGGAUGGCUGGAACGUCACCGGCUGGCGUGAUCCCAGCUUCUUCCCGUCAACCCUCCUCGACGAGCUGCUCUCGGUUGACGAGCCGCAUUAUUACAUGGUUCUUGGCUCUGGUCUCAAAGGUGGUGAUGUUCCCUUCCCGCUUCCCGGUGCCGAGCGCCCAGGAUUCCUCGGACCUCGUAUCCCACUGUAUGCGGCGCCAGCGUCGAACCUCGAGGCAUGGGAGUUCCUCGGUGCCCUUUGGGAGCCGGCCGCCAAUAGCUCACUCGGUAUCCCUGAUGUCACGGGCUCCUACGGCUACAACUUCGAGGUCAGCAGCCUGUUCGAGCUCGACACGCCUUCGGGUGGCAAGGCGUGGUUCUUCGGAGCGGGAGCCGAGGGCGGCAACACGACGACGCACUGGCGCGAGCAGUGGGCGUUGUGGAACCGCGGCGAGGUGUCGGCGCGGGAGAAUGGUUCAGUCGCAUUUGCGCCCAACUCGGGCGGCGCGCUGGACUGGGGCAUGGCCUACGCACAGGCAACAUGGAACGACACCAAGGAGAACCGUCGCGUCAUGUGGGGUUGGGCCAUCGAAGAGGUCAACGACGCGUACGUCUUCAACACGACGAAGCAGCUGGGCUACAACGGCGUCAUGACGCUGCCGACUGAGCUGUUUGUCAAGGAGACCAAGAACGUCCUGAACUGCGAUGUCCAGCCCGACGGCAACCUCUGUGUCAAGCAAAAGGAUGGCAGGUUCACAGCGGAGACGCUCGGCCUCCGACCUCUUCCCGACGUCCUCGACUUGAUGCGCAACGGCAGCGAGGCCCACGACUUUGAGGUAGGCGAGCUUCACAGCACCCACCACCGCGCGGUGACCCAUGCCGGAUCAUCGUAUGAGCUUAAGGCGACGCUCAGCAACUUCAAUGGCACGGCAGGUAUUCUGGUUGCCCAGAGCCCGGAUCAUGCCGAGUACACCGUCAUUUACCUCGACCCCGAGACCAAGCAGAUUGGCAUCAACCGCGACCAUAGCAGUCUUUUGCCUCACUUCGGGAACCGCACAUUUGUAGGCCACUUUGAGGCGUAUGAGUUCAGGGAGACUGGUAGCAACAAAACGACGACCGAAGACGUCAACUUCCACGUUGUUGUUGAUGGCUCGCUCCUCGAGGUCUGGAUCAACGAGCGGUUUGCCAUGACGGCACGCAUGUACCCCUCGCGUAGCGACAGUACUGGCAUCAGCUUCUUCGCGGGAAGCUGGGAGAACAAGGAGGCUGGUGGUGGAUGCAAGCACUCGGCAGAGGAGGAUGAAAAUGAGAGCGCAGAUGUUGUACAGGCUUCGUGGAGCAACGUUCAGGUAUGGAAGGGACUUUCGAAUGCCUGGCCCGACAGGCCGUCCGAUUCGAGCGUGCAGCUUGUGUGGGACUCCCCUGAGGACACCAACAACUACACAUGGUGGGCGGGGUACUAG